GAAACUGCGAUCCAGUUGAGUGGCGUUGAUAAGAUCUGUCGGGGCUCCGAGUGGUUGUUGCGGGGUUAGUUGUCGAGGACUCUCCCAACGAAAAGGACGCCAUGCAGGCCCUGAGGCUGGUCACAUUGCUCUCCGCCAUCAUCUUGCUGCAGAAUGCACCGGAUGUGGCGGCAAUCUCCGGAGGGAAGAUGGCCCUUCCGGGACAGUUCCCGUACCAAGCCUUGAUCCAGCCGCUGGACGAGUCCGGCAGAGUGGGUGCCGCCUUCUGCUCCGGCGUGCUCAUCGACCCCCAUUGGGUGCUCACGGCAGCCUCUUGCCUCAACAAGAACAGCGACUUCAACCAGGUGACCCUCGGCGCCUUCGACCUGUCUCUGGCCACCGAGGAGACGAGGCUCACGUACCUCACCACCACCAUGGCUGUCCACGACGGCUACAACCCGGACACCAAGGAGAACGACAUCGCCCUCAUCAAGCUCGACGUCGCACCCGAACAGAACGCCUUCAUCUCGCCCGUCCGACUCCCCGCCAAGAAGCAAGCCAAAAAGAGUUUCGUCCUCUGGGACGGCGCCGUGUCCGGCUGGGGCUACACUGGCAAGGACGACAAGACGGGAGGGAACUGGGUGCUGCGGUGGUUCGAUUCGCGCGUAGAGCCCAACUUCUGGUGCAGCCUCCGCAAUGGAGCGCAGGCCGUUCAUGACAGCCACCUCUGCCUGUCCAGCAUCUGGAAAAAGGGCACCUGCAGUGGUGACUCGGGCAGCCCGGUGGUGAUCACAGAGUGGGAUGGCAAGCCAACCUUGGUGGGCAUCGCAACAAAUGAAGCCAGGUCUUGUGGCACCCACAACCCUCCUGUCUUCACCAGGGUAACGUCGCACUUGGACUGGAUCAACAAGGCCACAGGCAUUGCUCUGCGAGAGUAGUGGCCUUCAGUAUGUGAGCCACAGAAGCGACUCAGGUGGAUGAAAGUCUCAAAAUAAAACAUAAAUUUUCUUUUCAA